AUGGGAAACGCGUUGCUGCCUUUCCUCUGUUACCACACGCGCGGUUUUUUUGCCCGCGACGGCGUGUACAGAGACCCGACUUCGCGUUUCCCGUACCUCUCCCUGUGCUUCACAGAGCCGGUCCUCCACGCCACGAUCGUCUACCUCGCUUCCAUCGCUCUCUUCCUUCUCCAUCCUCUCCUUUUCGGCACUGCGCCUCCCUUCUCUCGCUCCUCCUCCGCGGCGCCCCGCUUCCUGCUGGACGCGCUCGCGGUCCUCCCCGAGUGCACCGGGACAUUCGCCCUGACCGCCGUCGCCUUCUUCGCCUACCUGCCGGCGUAUCUCCUCGCGGCCUACGCACCCCUCCAGAUCCUCUUCGCCUCCGCCUCGAAACUUCUCCUCCCCCCGCGCCUGCAGCUGUGCCCGUGUCUUGCCGGCUUCACACAUGCCGUCUUUUUCGCGCUUCUCCUCUUCGUUUGGUUUCGCCUGCUCCGACGCCUCGCAGCCGGUUUCCGACUUCCCGCCAAACCUCCUUCGUCGGCCGGCUUCUGUCGCUUUCUGUGCCCCACCGCCCUCAAGACCUGUCUCCUCUGUCCCUUCCUCUCGUCGACCGCGGUCGUCCCCUCGCCUCCCGGGCCCUCGGCGCCGGGCGGCGCCGCGCCCCGGACAUUCUCCUCCUUCAGGAAGUUCGCGGCCUCCUUCUCCACUCGCGCGGUCGUCGCCUCCGCGUUUCCUCCGCUUCCCAAAUCGCAUCCCCGACAACCUUUCCUUCCCCUCGCGGGGAGACAGGUCGUAGUCACUGGAGGGGGUUCUGGAAUCGGCAGCGAGACAGCCCGCCGCCUCGCUCUCUGGGGCGCGCACGUCCUGAUUGGCUGCCGCAAUGUUGACGACGGCAAACGCCUCGCGGAGCGCGUGCAGGCGGAGGUCGCAGCUCUCCAGGUCUCGUGGACGAUGUCUGAGCAUCCAGGGAAGAUCUCCGUCGCGUUCUUGGACCUGUGUGCGUUUCCCUCCGUCCGCUCUUUCGCGGCCUUCGCCCUUCACACGUUCCAGAACUCGAUUGACAUCCUCGUGAACAACGCAGGUGUGAUGAUGAUCUCAGAGCUGACUGUCGUCGACGAAUGCGGAGGCUUCGAGAAGCAAUUUGUGACCAACCACUUGGGACACUUCCUUCUCACGCUCCUCCUCCUGCCUGCGAUCAAACGCGCUGCGCAAGCAGAUUCUCCCCAGGCCUCGACGGCUUCAGUCUUCGCGCCUCGGCGGCUGGGGCGCAUCAUCAACGUCGCUUCCUGUGCCCACGUGUGGCAUGCGAAGAACUUCCGGGCUCUCGACGCCUCGUGCACCCCGGACGGCGCCUCCGUGGCCGCAGACGCUCUCGGAAAGCCCCUCGAGGCGCUCCAGGGCUGUCCACCCGUCUCGCCUCUCUCGUACGACAAGCGGAAGGCGUACGGGAACUCGAAACUCGCAAACAUUUGGUUCACGAAGGAGCUACAACGCCGCCUGAUUGCAGAGCGCGGCGAGGCCGCGACGCAGCCCGAGGAAGAGAAAGAAGAGAAGGGAGAAGAAGGCAGUGGCGACGGCUCCGAGAAGCGUGCGGAGAAAGCGGGAGAGGAGAGCGCAAGCUGCUGCGUCGCGAGUUCGCGAAACGCAAAAACCGGAGACUCUGCAGUGUGUCGGUCUGAGCCGCUGCCCGAGGGGACUGUGGGUGUCUACGCCGUGCACCCUGGAAGCGUGAGCACGAAACUGACGAGACACAUGGUUCAAGACCGUCCUUUCCACCGGUUCUUCGUCGAGUCCUUCCUCGCGCAAACUGUGAUGAAGACGGCAACUGAUGGCGCCGCCACGCAGCUGCUUCUCUGCCUGGCCGACGACAGUGUCCUUCUCCCCGGGGCCUUCUACGCGGACGGAGGCCCCAGCUGGGUCCACCCGGCGGCCAACGACGAGGAGCGGAUGAAGGAGCUGUGGGCUGUCAGUGAGGUGAUCUGCUUCGGAGGCAUUGGACAACAAACCUACGUCAAGUAG